UAGGGGUAUUCAGAGCCUGUCCUACUCCUUGCAUCCAGUUUAGAUGUAUGAUUUUGAAUAAAUCCGAAAUCAAGCACAAUGAUGAAUACCUUUAUUUUUUUCCUUGUUCUCAUACACGUUUCAGGAACAUUAUAUGCUCCAAGGCUGCUGAUAAGCCAUGCUGGAAGAUCAGUGACAAUCAAGUGCUACUAUGAAACCACAUCAGCCAAUAGACAUGGCAGAAAAUACUGGUGCAAGGAGUCAACCAACCGUCACUCUUGCCAGACUAUCAUUUCAACUAACGAUUUCAUUCACAAAGACUAUGAAGGAAGAGUGUCAAUGCAUGAUAGCCCUCAAAGUGGGAUUUUGCAAGUGACAAUGACACAGCUGGUGAAGACAGACUCCAGUAAUUACAGAUGUGGCAUUGGCAACAAAAAUGCUUAUGGUUUUUAUGCUGGAGUGAAUCUAACCAUUUGGGAAGGUCCAAAUAUGCCAAAAUCACCUGAAAUACUUUGGGGUAAAGUGAGAGGGUCAGUGAUGAUCCAAUGCCCAGUGGAAACUGCCAAGUCAAGCAUGAGGAGAUCCUUUUGUAAGAUGAGGAGAUCUGGCUGUUCUCUCAUAGCAGAUACUAGCAUGAAUAAGGGAAAACAGCAAGAAGGAAGAAUUGUUUUUACUGCUGGAAAUAGCUCAGAAACUUUCAAAGUCUUCAUAAACAAACUGAGAAAAGAAGAUUCAGGAAUGUAUAAAUGUGGAGCAGGAACGUCUGAUGACAAUACAAGCUCAAGCAUCAUACAACUGGAGGUCACAGAAGGCUGGGCUGUCCCACCCAUGUGGCAGACUGAGGAAACUGUCUUGGGUGGUGGAACCCUAAGUGGCGGCACCCCCACGUCCACCCUGCCACCUCAUGAGAUCUUUCUGGAACCCGCUGCCACCGCCACUUCACAGGCGCUGCCACGCAACCCAGAAUUGGUUUUCUUCAACAUCGUAAAUGAUACAGCAACCACAUAUGAGCCACAAACAAUCUGGACAUCUCCCCAAAGUUAUGUGACAGCUACAAAUGAAGUUUACAGGCAAAGAUUGUCUGAAACUGAACUAAAUCUACUUCCAAUUGUGAUACCAAUUUUGCUUGGAUUUCUUGUUCUGGCUGCAGCUGUUAUCAUUGUAUUUCUUAAGAUAAGGAAGCGAAAGAAAGAUGCUUCAAAUGACAUUCCUGCAAGAAACCCCGAAGGAGCAAUAGCACUGGCUGGCCGACAUUGUUCAGGAGAACGACCCAUGGAAGAGCAAAUAGGCUCAGCGGAUGAACAAGAAUCUGCCCUAGACACUGACAAAGUUGAGGUCCUAGUUGAAAAUGAAUAUUCCCUGCUCAGCCAUGGGGCAAAUCCCGAAGACUUGAGAGAAACUGAUUGACUGCCUUCUCAAAUGAGGUUGCAUAUAGUUAACAGAGAAUUUUGAAAGCUUUCAUUAUGUAAUCUAUUCUAUGUCUAAGCAGCAGUCAUUCUGCAUUAUAUUGUCCCCUUCUGAUAUUGACAUAAAAUUAUAUCAGAAAUACAAUGUGAGGUACACCUCUUAUUAGUUUUAAAGCAAUCACCAGGACCUAGACACUUAUAAGGCUUCUAAUUCUGUGAAUUAGAAUGAGUCUUUGCAGUAUGUGUGUGCCUUUGGAAAUUAAGGGAAUUUUCAAAAGCAGUUUGUGCUAUGACAUGAGAUGCUGCUCAGAAUUGGGGGUUAGUAUUAAAAUAUAUACUGGUUAUGUGCUAGAUCUUGGGUGCAUCUCAGAUCACUCUCUGGAUCCUUGCUCUUGUGAUCAUCUUAGCCAUGAUUCAUAUACAGUGGUACCUCGGGUUACAUACGCUUCAGGUUACAUACGCUUCAGGUUACAGACUCUGCUAACCCAGAAAUAAUACCUUGGGUUAAGAACUUUGCUUCAGG